AUGACCAUCAAAUCUUUCCUACGCCGAGUUGAUCAGCGGAUCCAGACUCAGGACAGUAGGAUCCAGAAAGGUGAGGGCGCGAGGAAAUGGGGGAAUGAAGAUCUCGACCCGACGCCUGUCCAGCAAAGAACAUGGCGACAUUGGAAUUACUUCAUGUUCUUCUGGGCGGUGUCUUUCAACCCCAAUCAAUGGAACACGGGCUCAAGUCUGGUCAAUCAGGGAUUGAAAUGGUGGCAAGCCCUUCUCUCCAUCGCGGUGGGAAACCUGAUGUGUUCGAUCGUCUUGGUCAUACAAUCUCGUGGACCCGCUGUCUACCACAUUGGAUAUCCAGCCUUUGUGCGCGCCAGUGCCGGCAUGUUUGGAUCUCUGUGGUUCAUCUUCCUCCGAGGCUGCGUCGCCAUCAUCUACUUUGCGACCCAGACAUUCUACGCGGGAAAGCUGUUUGACGUGAUGCUUCGGUGUGCGUUCGGCCACAACUGGCAGGACAUUCCGAACCACCUCCCCGAAAGCGCCGGCAUCACCACUCGAGGCCUCGCCGCAUUCUUCCUCUACUGGGCCGUGCAGCUGCCCUUCAUGCUGAUCCACCCCCAACGCGCCAAGUGGCUCUACACCAUCAAGAGCGUGAUCGCCCCUCCUGUGCUGAUUGCGGUUUUCGGGUACGUGGUGGGCAAGAACGGAGGUUUGACGGGCUCGUCGGAGAUCACCAAGACCACCACGACCACGGCGCUCGGCUGGGCGUUCAUGAACGGCAUCAACUCUGUCAGCGGAAGCAUCUCGCCCGAGAUCAUGUCCAAUGCGGAUCUUGCCAGGUACGCCAAAAAGCCCUCGGACGCCGCGUGGGCCCAGGCCGCGGGUAUCUUCACCAGCAAGACGUUUGUCAUCUUCAUGGGCAUCGCGUGCUCGAGCGCCUCGCUGAACCUUUGGGGCACUGCGUACUGGAACAUGUGGGACCUCCUGGGCGCCAUCUUGGACCACAACUGGAAUGCUGGGGCGCGAACAGCCAUCUUCCUCGUCUGUCUCAUCCAGGCCCUCGCGGUCAUGGCAACCAAUCUGGCGUCAAACUGCUUGCCCGUCGGCGCUGACUUGACAGGCUUGUUCCCCAAAUACUUCAAUAUUCCGCGUGGCCAGGUCUUUUGCGCAGUCAUCAGCCUUGCUGUGGUGCCCUGGAAACUGCAGGCGUCGGCACAGACCUUCCUGACCUUUUUGGGGUCGUACGUCGUCUUCAUUGCCCCGGUCAUCUCUGUCAUGAUUGUCGACUACUGGGUCGUGCGCAAGGGCAACAUUCACGUGCCGUCUCUAUACGACGACAGCCCCGACAGCCCUUACUACUACUGGAAGGGGUUCAACCUCCGCAUGUUUGCGGCAUGGAUUGCCGGCGUCGCCAUCGUCAUCCACGGGCUUGCCGGGUCGUACAACCCCCACUUCAACCAGGCCAGCAAGGACAUGUACACGAUGGGAUUCAUCCUCGCAUCCUUGACGGGCGCCCUGGUGUAUUACAUCCUGGUCCGCAUCUGGCCGAUCAACCCGUACCCGGCGGAUCGUGCCGGCAUGCCCAUGACGAUGGAGUACCUCGGUCGGACAGACGGGUAUUUUGAAGACGACGUCAUCGAUGGAGUCGGCAGCGAGCACCGGCAGGAGGUCUUUGACGAGAUGAUGCCAUCCAAGGAGAAGGACGUUGCACACACCUUCACCACGUUGGCCUGA